AUGACGGAGCUUCCAUGGGUUGGCGCCCUUAAGACCUUAGAACUCUCCAGAUUCUUCGCCAGGGCCGGGGUGACGCCGGACACGGGAGGGUCGUGGGGAGAGGGCGCGGGCACGGAGCUGCGGGCUCCAGCGGAGGGGCCCGGAGCCGCGAGCCAGCCGGGCCAGCCUGCGGGACCCAGGGCUCAGGCGCGCUGUGCGCUUUUAGGCGCGCGGUCGCCACCGCGGUCCGCGGGAAACAAGCCAGCAUGGCGCGCGCGGGACACUCCGGAUCCGCACCGCGGGACACCUGGAUUCUGCGGCUGCUCUGCGGGGUGCUCUGCUGGAAUGUGGCCGUGGUGGUAUGAAGCUUACGGCCAAGUGGAUCAACAUACAUUCCUUUACUACAACAGUAGCAAUGACACAUGCAAUCCUGUGGGCCUAUUCGGGUUGAAAGUGAUUAAAACAGAGGCCUGGCAAAAGCAACCUGAUAUUCUGAAAGACAUAGGGGACAUCCUCAGACAGCAACUGGCUCACAUUAAAUUAGAGAGUGGUACAACCAAGGGAGAAGAUCCCUGCACCCUACUGGGCAAAAUGUCUUGUCAGCCUGAAGGCAAUGGAAAAAUCAGUGGGUUCUGGCAGUUAGUCUACAAUGGCCAGAUACUACUCCACUUUGACUCCAACACCCAGCAAUGGACAGAGGUCCAUCCUGGAUCCAGCUGGAUAAAAAAGAUUUUGGAAGAAGACAGGUCUGUGACUGACGUCUUCCACAAGACCUUAGUAGGAGACUGUGCAAGCUGGUUGAAGCAGUUUUGGGGUCCCUGGCAGGAAAUGCAGCUCACAGCUCAGCCAACCCCAAACAAAUGCACCAGAAUCACACUCAACAUCUAUGUUGUGUUAUGCCUUGCCUUAUCCACCUUAUUUGUCAACCAAGGAAGAAGAAUGCCAAACGCCAAAAUAACACAGAAUGGAAUAAAAGGCCUGAGAGGACAUCUGAGGAGUGAGGUUCAAAGCCAGUGGGAGCAGGAAAGUCCAUGAAACUCGUACCUCCAAU